AUUCGGUGUGUGAUUGGUGCAGACUGUCUUGGUGGUCUUCUGUCGCCCCAGGGGCCGCAGCAGAAGGACGCCCCCUCCCUCUGUCUGCCUGGAGCAUAUUCCUUUUUUGCGCGAACUUGUUGUCCUACUGUGGACGUUGCCGAACGUUGUAAAUCUGGCCUCAGCUGUGGCGCUUCCUGUGUGUGGGGGAAGCAGAUAGCAGACACUGUGAGCCCGACAGUCAGAGCCAGACAGGGAGCAGCCUUUGUCCCAUCUUUCGUCGCUCAGCUCCACAAUGUCUGAACUUUUUAUGGAAUGUGUGGAGGAGGACCUGGAGCCCUGGCAGAAACCAACACCUGAGGUGCAUCUGAUAGAAGACGAUGACGAUGAUGACGAACCCAUCUUUGUUGGAGUUCUCUCAAAUGACCAAAACAACAGAGAGCACAAAACUCUAUCUACUAAAACAUCUGCUCUAAAGGAACAAUGUCCACCAAAGUCACUAACUGCAGGGAAACAUGUAGCAUCCCCACUGACAACAGUGACUCCAAAACCUGUCAUUAUCAAUAACCAGGGCUUUAUUGUAGCUUCUCCACAGUUAGCAAACACUGGUGGACUUAUUGCCUCUCUUGGUAGACAGUAUCCUCCUGGAACAUCAUUUACAAUUGUACCAGCUGGCCAGCAGCAGGUUUUUCAGCAGGUCAGUACAGGAUCAGAGAUGUCUGGUGCUGUUCACAGGCCUCAGGUGCAACGAAUUAGCAACAACAUUGUUACAUUAUCUAAUGUCAAGAGCCCGCCCCUGUUUGGACCUCAAACUACUAUCCAGCCAGUUCAUUCAGUUAACACUGUUGUCUCUAAAACAGAUCAAACGUCAUUUAAGCGACUUUUACCAAAAGAGCAAAUAGACAACAUAGUCAAAAGAGCAAAGCUUGAUUCAGGAGAAAAUGGGACCACAAAGAAAAAAUGCUUUAAGUGUGCAGAAGAAUUCUCCACAACAGAAGCUCUAACAUGUCACAUCAGGAGUUGUCCUUUAAAUAAUGAAGGGAAAUCUCCAUCAGCUCAAACCAUGGCUGCAAACAAGUUCAUCAUGCUGGUUGCUGAUUUUUACUAUGGCGAGUUUGAAGGCGAUUGGAAGCGAAAGGAAAAUCAGAAAACCAACAUGACUUUUAAGUGCCAGAGUUGUUUGAAAGUUCUCAAGAACAAUAUCAGGUUCAUGAACCACAUGAAACACCACCUGGAGCUGGAGAAACAGAACAGCGAGAGCUGGGAAAGUCACACCACAUGUCAGCACUGUUACCGCCAGUACAUGACUCCAUUCCAGCUGCAGUGCCACAUAGAGAGUGCUCACAGCUCCAUCGAAUCUUCAUCCAAUUGCAAGAUAUGUGAGCUGGCAUUCGAGACGGAGCAGGUUCUACUGGAACACAUGAAGAAUCACCACAAGCCCGGGGAAAUGCCUUAUGUCUGCCAGGUUUGCAAUUACAGGUCGUCCUUCUUCUCAGACGUGGAGACACAUUUCCGAACUGUCCAUGACAACACCAAAGACCUGCUCUGUCCCUUCUGUCUCAAAGUCCUCAGAAGUGGUCACAUGUACAUGCAGCACUACAUGAAACAUCAGAAAAAAGGAAUCCAUCGCUGUGGAAAAUGCCGCUUGAACUUCCUGACCCAGAAGGAAAGGGUGGAACACAAGACUCACUUUCACCGGACCUUCAGAAAACCUAAAGCUUUAGACGGUCUCCCUCCAGGCACAAAGGUAACCAUUCGAGCCUCCCUCAGUGGAAAGAACACAGUGGAGCAAACCUCUGGUCGACCUGCUGUUACUAUCAGUCCAGAUUUCAGUCCGCAAACUGCAAGUCCAGCUGGCGUGUCCAAGAGUAAAGUGAGCAUGUCUGGGGCGGCUAAAGGAAAAAUAAACCAAAACAAAAAGAAGGACGAUCGCACAUCCAGACACAACCUUGCUCUCGUGAACCUCAGUAUCAACAGCGACCCCUACAGAUGCAUCGAAUGCAACUCCCGCAUCGAUGACUUCUUUUCCCAUUUCCCGUUGUUUUCCAGCUGUGGUGCAUGUAAAUAUCAAACAAGUUGUAAAGUUUCCUAUGGAAAUCAUAUGAUAAGGUUUCACAGCAUACUCAGCAAAAGCAGAAAGAACCACCACAAGAAAAAGUCAACCGCCUUAAAAUUUACUCUAGUCUGUCUCAACUGCGACCUCCUGGUGGACGCAUCAGGUGGUGACCUGAUGACAAAACAUCUGACUGACCGACCAAGUCACGUAUGCAAAGUCAUUCAGGAGAAAAAUCAGAGUCAGACAACAAAAGUGUUGUACAUGAUGACAUCAGCACCAAAUGAAGUAGAUGUGAAUAAGGCCGACACAGUCACCUGUGGAAGUUUCUCUGCUGACACCCUCAACCAACCAGCACCUGUAGCAACACCGGGGAAGUUGGCCGGAAAAGGUGAUUCAUGUACACUAGAUGGCAGUGCAGAGCACCAUCAACAACAAGCAAGUCUCCCGGGUCGUCAAAGUACUGUAAAGCAGCCCCCUGUUUGUGAAGUCGUUUCAGUGGACGACGACGUCAAACCUGACACUGACUCUGAAUAAAACAGGAGCAGAAAGCAGAUCAAUUAUAUUUUUUCACCUAAAACGUUAACUUUUCUCUUCUUGAAAUGAUAGGACUGAUUUUGACAGACUGAGCCUGUCCUCAGUCCUGUGUAGUCAGUAGUCUGCACACAUCCUCCUUCACUUACUGUACAUAUACAGUAUGCAAAACGCCUGUGUUUACAAAGAUAAAUGCAUUCAGUACUGUGUGGUCUGCCUUUUAAAACCUGUAGGAUCACUUCGUCAAAUUUAAUUGCACUUUUUCUCUCAUUGUUUAAAACCAUGACAUUUGUCCAUGAUGUGAUUCUGAUUUUUCCUUUAAAUGAUCUGUACCAUUGGGAUCAGGUUCUCUCGGUUAUACACUGUAUACUCAGACUGUAUUUCAAUACUGCAGUGUCUUCACAUUCAAACAGCAUUUCCACCCCGUUUGGUCUCCUUUUCUUUCGAGUUCAUUUUAGAGGCUACUUAGGAUUUAGACAUUUUGAAAAUGUUUAUUCCAAAUAUACUCUAUAACUUAUAAUCUCUGAAUGUCUCAUUUUAAAUUGCAGAUUUAAAUUUAAGGUCGUAAUAUUUUAAUUUCUCUGUUCCCUACUCUGGUCUGCUGUUGUUACAGGUUCAUGUUAAAGAGUUGAGGUGAGGGUUUACAGAAUGUAGCUUUAAAUUUAUAGACAGCAUUCAACACCUGCAUUUUAGGAAAGUUGAUCCUAUAUUUAUUGAUUGAGAAUAUAUGUUUGUGAAAUGUUUGGUGAAGGAAUAAAAGGUGAGGUUUAAGCACUGGGCCCAAGAGUUAUUGGAAGGUAAACUGUAUUGCUGUCAAUUGUGUUUAAUUAUAGAAAUCAUAGGAAAUUAUUUUUUUACUUCCCAACCAUCGAUGCCUCAUUUGUUUUUAAUCUUUCAUUAAAGGAAAAACUUUAUUUUCUUUUAAACUGGGAAAAAAUAAGGAAAACAUUGUUUACUCUUCUGGACAAUAUUUGUUAUUUCAAGAAGUUUCCACUUGUACAUACAUCUGUAGAACAAGUCUGUAAAUGCCUCUGUCUGUGCUGACACAGUAAAAACAUCUUUAUAGAUUUUGA